AUGCGUUUACUUUCCCUUUCCCUCCUGGUGGCCACGGCUCUAUCGGCCUUUGCCAAUGCUGCCAGCUUUGCAGAUCUGGCGGCACAGAUACCCGCCUGCGAUCUGAAAUGUGUGCAACAAGCUCUGCCAGAGUCACCAUGCUCCAUGACAAACACGACAUGUCUCUGCACUGACCCAAUAUUCGCUAGCUUGACGCAAGCUUGUGUUCUGGAAAAAUGCACAGUCAAGGACUCAUUGACUUUGAUGAGAGUCCAAAAUAUGGCUUGUGGCGUUCCAGUCCAGAGCAAGCAGAUGGAGUUCAGGAUCAAUGCUAUUAUAGCAUGUAUCAUUGCUGAGAUCGCUGUGAUACUCAGGAUCUACUCCAAGGUUACUAUCCUCGGCAAGCUGGGCAUUGAUGACUAUUUCAUCAUGAUAGCAGCUUGUGCUACAGUACCGUACAUAUGGCUUGCUUGUAGACUCGCUGAUCUUGGGUUCGGUCUGAACAUUUGGGAUAUCACUCCCUUUGAUCGCUUGUACGAAUUACUGAAAUUGUUCUGGAUCGAUCAGAUCAUGUACAGUGUUCAUCUGUACAGUACCAAGCUCUCCAUUCUCUUCUUCCUACGUGGCAUCUUUACAACACCAGAGUUCAAGAAAUUGACAUUGAUGAUUGGAAUUUUCGUGGCUCUCUGUGGUGCCGCGACCAUGAUCACCACAGCUCUACAGUGCUUGCCCGCGAGCUACAACUGGACGAGUUGGGAUGCGGAGCACAAGGGCCAUUGCAAUGAUCUCAAUUCGCAGACUUACGCCUUUGGUGGUAUCAACAUGAUCUGCGACAUUGUCAUCCUGCUUUUGCCUUUGCCUCACUUGAUGAAGCUGCAAGUCAAGCAUCGUCAAAAGGCUCAGCUUUUCGUCAUGUUCUCUCUUGGUAUCGUUGUCACCGUGUUCAGUAUCAUCCGCCUACCCUUCCUCAUCACCCUUGGUAAAACCACCAAUCCAACAUGGGAAUACGUUGAAGUCACCAUCUGGUCCAUCUGGGAAACAGAGCUUGGCAUGGUCUGCGCAAGCCUCCCAGCUAUCCGUCACCUCUGCAAGCAUUUCUGGCCGAACGCGAUGGCUACGAUAGCUUCAAAAAUGAGCUUCACGGGCUCCAACAAGGACUCUAAUCUUGAUAAGAGCGCUGGCAGCUGGCCUGGAAGCCGUGCCACGCGCUCCAAGACAGAUAACAAGUCUUACUAUGAGCUCGAUGAGCGGAGUUUAAUCGGCAAGGGUCCAGAUCCUGCCACCAACGUAAGCACCACCAACGUGCAUGCUACGCAGUAG